AUGGCUGAAAUCAUUCUGUCUGCCUUGCUCCCGAUUGUUUUUGAGAAGCUAGCCUCUGUGGCCUUAAACAAGGUUGCUCGUUCCAAGGAAAUUCAGUCCCACCUCAAGAAGUUGAAGACCUCACUACCCCAGAUAGAAGCUCUGCUCAACGAUGCUGCAGAGAAAGAAAUACAAGAUAAAAGAGUUAAAGAUUGGCUCAACCGUCUUCAACACGUGGCUUAUGAUGUAGACGACGUACUCGAUUCUUUGGCUACUGAUGCUAUGCAUCAUGAGCUGACUGAGAAACCUGCUGGAGGAGGCAUUACAAGAAAGGUAACAAAGCUCAUCCCAACUUGUUGCACUACUACUUUCUCGUCAUCAAAUACUGAGAUGCACAAGAAGCUAGAAGACAUUACAACCAAGUUACAGGAUCUGUAUGAUGAAAAAAAUAAUCUUGGUUUGAGUGUUAAAGAUAAAAGGUCAAAAAAUUUAAACAGACUUUACCAGGUCUCUUUAUUAUCAGAUGGUAUUAUUGGACGUCAAGGUGAAAAAGAUAAUCUGCUCAAGAAGCUUUUAGCAGAUCGGCAACCAUGUGAUCAAAGCAAUUUUAGCAUCAUGCCCAUUGUUGGUAUGGGUGGGGUCGGCAAAACCACUCUUGCUAGACUUUUGUAUAACGAACCAGAAGUAAAGGAGCACUUUGACCUCAAGGCCUGGGUUUGUGUCUCUGAUGAGUUUGAUAGCUUUAAUAUCAGCAAACUUAUCUUUGAAUCUGUAGCUGGAGAAGGGAAGAAGUUCGAAAAUCCAAAUCUACUUCAAGAAGCUCUUGCAGAAAAACUUGCAGGAAAAAAAUUUCUGCUAGUCUUGGAUGAUGUGUGGAGCGAAGAGAUUGAAGAUUGGAAUACCUUAGUACCUCCAUUUCAUGCAGUGGCCCCUGGAAGUAAGAUUAUCAUCACAACCCGAAAGAAACAGUUGCUUCAACUGUUAGGAAACGAUGAUCCAUACCGUCUAGAUAAGCUGUCAAACGAAGAUGCUUUGUCUUUGUUUGCUCACCAUUCACUGGGUGCAACUAACUUUGAUUCAUACCCAUCACUCUUAUCAUAUGCUGAGGGCAUUGUGCAAAAAUGUGAUGGCUUGCCUUUGGCUUUAAAAUCACUUGGAACUUCAUUGAAGACAAGAACAGAUGAAGAAGAUUGGAAGGAACUAUUGAAUAGUAAGAUAUGGAGUUUAAAAGAUGAAGGAGGUAUUCUUCCUGCUCUUCGACUAAGCUACCAUGAACUUUCUGCAUGCUUGAAGCAAAUGUUUGCAUACAGUUCCUUGUUCCCCAAAGAUUACGCGUUUGAGAAGGAGGACUUGAUUUUGCUCUGGAUGGCGGAGGGCUUUUUGCUCAAAUCAACUACAAGCGAGUCAAUCGAAAUGGAAAUGGAACGCUUGGGUGAGAAAUAUUUCGACGAGUUGUUGUCAAAGUCGUUUUUCGAACAUGUAGACGGUGAUAAAUUGUUGUUUGUGAUGCAUGACCUCAUGAAUGAUUUGGCAACAUCUGUUGCCGGAGAAUUUUUUGUAAGGUUAGACAUUGAAAUGAAGAAUCAAAUUGAAGAGCAAAGUUUGAACAAGUAUCGCCACAUGUCCUUUGUUCGUGAGAAAUUUAUAUCCUGCAAAAAGUUUGAGGCACUUGAAAGAGGAAAUAGUUUGAGAUCGUUUUUGGCUGUUCCGAUUGUGUCGAGAGCUCGUUGGUGGGAGUACGAGAAAUACCAUUUACCAAAUAAGAUUUUGGUUGACAUUCUUCCAAACUUACCGUUAUUAAGGGUUCUUUGCUUGAGUUAUUUACAAAUAGACAAGAUACCAGAGUUCGUUGGAAAUUUGAAGCACCUGCGGUAUCUUAAUCUAUCUCAAACUCGAAUCACACAUUUACCGGACAAUGUUUGUAAUCUUUAUAAUUUACAGACAUUGAUCGUGUUUGGAUGUGCCGGGUUGAAGGAAUUGCCUGAAAGUUUCUUGAAACUUAAAAGCUUACGACAUUUAGACAUUAGGGACACCCCGCUUUUGAAGAGCAUGCCUUUAGGUAUUGGUGAGAUGAAAAGCCUACAAACCCUCUCCAAGAUUGGUAUUGGGGGGGUAAACGUGUUUCCAUUAAGCAGGCUAAAGAAAUUGAAGAAUCUUCGUCGGAGAGUUUGCAUAGAUGGGCUAGAUAGAUUGCAAAAUAAUGAUCAAGUGCGGGAGGUAAACCUGUCACAAAUGAGGGCUAGUGAGUUAGUGGUGAGAUGGAGUGAUGUGUUUGAUGGCUCUCGAAAGCAAAGACUUGAAACAGAGGUCAUGAAUGUGCUUAAGCCUCAUACUGAUAAUCUGAAAAAACUUGAAGUUGUGUCAUAUGGGGGAACGGAAUUUCCAAAAUGGGUCACGGAUCCAUCGUUUACAAGAUUGACUGAUGUUUACAUUGACAAAUGUAAAAAUUGCAACUUUCUACCACCAUUUGGGCAAAUGUCAGCACUAAAGAAGUUGUCUAUUGAACACAUGGAUGGUGUGAAAGAGGUAGGUUCAGAAUUACUCGGGAUUGGUCCUACAACAUUCCCCUCACUUGAGAUUCUAAGAUUUGAAAGGAUGCCAAGGUGGGAGGUAUGGUCCGUCAAUGCGGUGGGUGUUGCAGUCUUUCCGUGCCUUAAAGAGCUAUCUAUAAGAUAUUGUCCUAAUAUGACAGGAUGGGAGGCAGGGUUAGCCAAUGACGAUGUAGGAGUUUUUCCGUGCCUCGAAAAGCUUGUUGUGAAUGAAUGUCCUAGUUUGGUAAAAGUAUCCCUUAAAAACCUACCUUCAUUGAAGGUUCUAACUGUACGUAUGUGUAGUGAUGUUGUAUUGGAAAGUCUGGUUGGUGUAGCUUCAUCAAUCACCAAGUUGAGUAUAUCUCAGAUAUCCGGACUUAGUGAUGAGGUGUGGAGAGGUGUUGUAAAGUCUCUUGGGGCAGUUGAAGAAUUAAACAUUACUAAGUUUGAGAAAUUGGUGAGAAUAGGAGGAGGAGAUGAAGAGAAAGAGGGGGAGGAAUGGAGCAACCUCGUCUUCCUAACAUCUCUUAGGAUGUUAAUGAUACGGUCUUGUACGAAUCUGAAGUAUAUGAGCUGUCCAGACAACAUAAAAACCUUGGAUGUCUAUGAAUGUGAAAAUCUGAAGCAUUUGAGUUGUCCAGAUAGCAUUGAAACCUUGGAUGUCCAUCAUUGUAAAAAUCUGGAGCAUUUUAGCUGUCCUGCUAAUAGGAUUCAAGAGUUAAGGAUAUGGGCUUGUAGUUCAAUUACACGUGUCUUCUUCCCUACAGAAAAAGGAGGAGGAUGGCAAAAGCUCAAGUCACUUAUUAUAUGGGAAUGUAACCCAGAAUUGGAGAAGGAGUUGGAAAAGCAGGUGUUUAUAUUAAUCAACAAUACUGCAAACAUUAUGCCAAUUCUUGAAGUUUUAUGCAUACGUGAUUGGAAAGAUCUGAAAUCAAUGACGAAAAUUACAACAUGUUUCAUUCAGCUCAAGAAAUUAGAAAUAGAAAAUUGUGGGAGAAUAGAGUCAUUCCCUGAUUUGCAAGAUCUUUCAUUUUUAAAGCACCUCAAAAUCAGGAAUUGUAGAAGUAUGGAUGGUCCUCCUUUUCUUGGAAGAAGCAGUGGUGUAAGCGGGGUUUGGCCUCCUAAUUUGGAUUCCUUAGAAACAGGGGAAUUGAAGAGGCCCAUAUCAAAAUGGGGGCCGCUCCCAACCUCACUCAUUGAACUAAAGUUAUGGGGUGGAUAUGGAUCAUCUUUGGCAGAAGAAGAAGAAGAAGACGUCAAAAAUUUCCCAACCUCACUUCUUCCUUAUCCAUUAUCAUCAUCUCUUACUAAACUUGGAUUAGUAGAAUUUAAAAAAUUGGAAACAGUUUCAUCAGAGGGACUCCAACACCUCACAUCCCUCCGACAUCUCGUCAUUGGGAGUUGCCCAAUGAUGAAAGAUCUUCCAGAAACGCUGUUGCCUUCACUUUUGAGUUUGGCAAUAUACAAUUGCCGAAAUGAAGAACUGAAAGAAAAGAUGAUGAGUGGAAGCGGAUCCUAUUGGCCCCUUUUCUCCCAUAUUCCUUACUUGGAAAUAUAA